AGGAGUCCCACGGGUCAGGUUCGACCCAUGAAGCCAUGGCCGAGUGGCGGGUGGUGGACGAGGGGCCGCCGCUGCGCGGCUUGGCGAGGCGCAGCGUGCCUGCCGCCUUUGAUGCCUGCGCUGGCCAGUAUUCAGAUGCCGUGGCGCUGAGAGGUGCAGAUGUUGAUGGAGAAAAGGAACUGAGAUAUGCGCAGCUGCGGCAGAUGGUGGCGAGGAGCGCCCGGGCGUUAGGCGGCGAGCCGGCGAUGGUAGCGCUCUUCGUGGAAGACGCGGUGCCGCUGGUGGUGGCGAUGCUCGCAGUGCUGUGGGCCGGCCACGCCUUCGUUCCAGUGGAUCUCGGCAGUUGGCCGAGGGAGCGCUGCACCUUUGUGCUGGAGAGCACUGCUUGCGCUAGGGGGCUGGUCAGAGCUGAGCAAAGGGCGGCAGCAGAGCACCUAGGAGCAUUGCCUCUUGUCGUGUACGAGGAGAUGGUAAACAGUGAGAGUGAGGCGCCACCUGCAGCUCUGGAGCCGAACGACCUUUGUUACGCCAUUUUCACCUCCGGAUCCACAGGCCGCCCAAAGUGUGUGCUCUGCGAGCACCAGGCGGCCCUCGCCUAUGCACUGGCCAAGGCUGAGGUGGAAGAGCUGGGCCCAGGCUGCAGCCAGCUCUUGGGGUCUCACUUCACCUUUGACCCUGCGCAAGGGGACAUCUUCGGCGCCUUGUGCAGCGGUGCUGCGCUGGUGGCUCCGAAAAGGCCGACGGUGCUUGGGGCCCUGCAGGACGUGCUGGCAGGCGUGAGCCACGCGACCAUGACGCCCACGCAGUGGUCGCUGAAGUCUGCGGGGGAGCUGCCAAAGCUGCGGCUCGUGACUCUGUGCGGGGAGCCUAUGCGAAGGGACACCGUGGAGCAGUGGGCCUCCAAAUUGGCGCUCUGGAACAUGUACGGGGUCACAGAGGCUACCGGCGUGCAGGCGGCCCACCGCAUGGCCCCUGGUGACUCCACGAAGUGCGUGGGCCGGGCGCUGCCGGGCUAUGUGCUGGGCCUCGCCGAGGGCGAGGUCUUUGUCACGGGCCUGGGCCUGGCCAGGGGCUACUUGGGCCUGCCUGAGGAGACGGAGCGCCGCUUCGUGCGGGGCCGUAUGCCCCAGGACCCUGAGGCGCGUGCCUACCUCACCGGGGACCUCGGAGUUUGGACGGACCAGGGACUGGAGCUCCUGGGGCGCAAGGACCACCAGGUGAAGAUCUCCGGUGUACGCGUGGAGCUCUCAGAGGUGGAGAUGGCGCUGGAGAGCUCGGGGCUGUGCAGCGCCGUGGCCUGCGUGGUGGUGCAGGACCAGCUCGUGGCCCACGUGGCGCUGGAGUCGCCGGCGGACUGGGUGCUGCGAAGCGCCCUGGAGGCCUCCGCCGGCGCGCGGCUGCCGGCCCAGGUGGUGCCCCACCGCUUCGUGGAUCACCAGCGCCUGCCGCUGGCCGCUGGGGGCAAGGUGGACCGCCAGGCUUUGGUGGCCCUUGGCUUCGGUGUGGAGCACGAGGAAGCGCCCGAGCCGCUGCGUACUCCGCUGGAGGCGGCCGUGGCCGCAGCCUGGGCAUCGGUGCUGGGCCGCGAGGUGGAGGAACUAGGCGCGAACUCCAACUUCCAGUGGCUCCGGGGCGACAGCCUCGCAGCUCUCCGCGCCUGCAGGGCGCUGGCGCAGGAGGUGACGCUGCCCAAUGAGCAGGCUGAGCUGGAUGUGCAGCAGGAGCAGCAGGGCGAAGCGGGUCUUUUAGUAUCUGCAGAAGCACCUGAAGAUGCGCUCUGCGUGCUUUCUGCGGCCCUCGGGCCUUUGGCGCCCUGCGAGCUAUUGCUGAGGCCGACGCUGGGCCAAUAUGCCGCCUUCCUGGCCUCCCAGGGAGUGCGUGUGGGGCCCGGGCCCUCACCCGAUGGAGGCGCGGAGGCGACAGGCAGCCUGGCAGAGCUUGCGCUCGUGGCAGCGGCAGGAGACGGCAGGGAGGCGGUGGUCCGGGCGCUGCUGGAGGCGCGCUGCUGCCCUGAUGGGCCCUGCCGGGGCAGCCCGGUCAAGGGCUCCACGCCACUGCAUGCAGCGAGCGCAGCGGGGCAUGCAGGCUGUGCCCGGCUGCUGCUGGCUGCAGGCGCCCAGGUGAGGGCCAUGACUGCGGCGCGGACGAGCGCGGCGCACUUGGCGGCGGCGCGGGGGGACGCCAACCUGCUGGCACUGCUGCUGGCCCUGGAGGGGGCGCAAGGCGUGGCGACCUGGGCGCGGGACGCCGACCAGCAAACAGUUCUGCAUCUAGCCGCCAGGUCCGGCGACCAGAAGUGCGUGGAACUUGUCCUGGCCAAGGUCAAGGGGCUCAAGGCCAAGGACGGCGGGCUAGAGGCGAAGGAUCGCUGGGCCAGGACGGCCUUGCAGUGGGCCGUGGCCAACAACCAUCAAGAAGCUGCAGUGUGCCUCAUCCGGAACGGGGCCUUCUCUGGUCAUAUCCCGGAGGCCAUGCUGGCCGGCUUGCAGGUGGACCUGGAGGCGCCGUCCAAGCCCGGCCAACCCUUGGCGGCCCGGAAGGUGGUUCAGUCUGAGCAGCGCAUCAAAGCUCUGGUGGAGAGCCUGGGAAGCGAGGAGAAAGGGCUUUUCGCGCUCACGGCGCUGAGAGACUACUGCUGCGGCGCACGGGAGCACCGGGACCUGGCCGUGCGCUUUGGGGCCGUGCCGCGGCUCCUUCGAUUGCUGGAGGUGCAGCAAGAGGUGGCAGCAGCAGCAGCACAGACGCUGCGGAACAUCGCGGCGGACCGUCCAGGCGCCGAGGCGGUGGCUGGCGCGGGAGGCAUUCCGGCCCUGGUGGCUUUGUGCGGAGCGGGUUCUGACUGCGCCUUUCGGGCCGCCGCCGCGCUGGCGAACCUGGCGGAGGUGCCGGAGCUGGUGCCCAAGCUCAAGGAGGCUGGCGCGGUCUCGGCGCUGCGAAGUCUGUCGGGGCAGAUCCCCAGCAGCUUGCAGUGCCUGCUGGUUUGCGGGGUACGCCUGGUUUGGCAGACCACGCUAUUCCAAGGACCCGAAUUCAAGCUCGUGCUCUGCGGUGACGGCGGCGUGGGCAAGACCACGCUGGUGAAGCGACACUUGACAGGUGAGUUCGAGAAGAAGUACAUCCCCACCCUGGGUGUCGAGGUCCACCCGCUGCGCUUCACCACCAAUUGCGGUCCGCUGACCUUCAACGUCUGGGACACGGCCGGCCAGGAGAAGUUUGGUGGCCUUCGUGAUGGAUACUACAUCCAAGGUCAGUGCGCAAUCAUCAUGUUCGAUGUCACCUCCCGAAUCACCUACAAGAACGUGCCGAACUGGCACCGCGACAUCGUGCGAGUGUGCGAGAACAUCCCCAUUGUGCUCGUGGGCAACAAGGUGGAUGUGAAGGACCGUCAGGUGAAGGCCAAGAAUAUCCAGUUUCACAGGAAGAGGAACCUGCAGUACUACGACCUGAGUGCCAGGAGCAACUACAACUUCGAGAAGCCCUUCUUGUGGCUGGCCCGGCGAUUGACCAACCAGGGUAACCUGCAGUUCGUGGGGCAGUUCGCAAAGGCUCCUGAGAUUCAGAUCGAUCAGUCGCUCAUUGCACAGCACGAGAAGGAGCUGCAAGACGCUCAGAACGUGGCCAUCAACGACGAUGACGAGGUCCGACGCUCCUUCGUCGGACAGUCGGACGCGAAUCGAAUCGAAGGCCAGCUGCUGCUGCACGGUCCUCCCGGGCUGCUGGAGCGCUUCGAGCACCUGGGCGCGGUUGACCUGGCGCAGCGGCAGGUGUGGCUGUUGGGGGAGACUGCGGUUCUGGGCUGGCCGCGUUGGGGCGACGGCUGCCGCGGCACCUUGCUGAUGCUUCAGGGAGAAGAGUGUCUCCUCGGGGUGGAUGCUGAGCCAAAGCAGUGGAUCGCCAUGGCGACCCCACAGCUCGGCUGCGGGUCCAUGGCCGCGUUGCAUGCGGCGGCGCUAAAGAUGAGGCAGCCGCCGUGCGGCAUGCUGCUCUCGGAAGCUCUGCCGGAAGCGGAAGGCGAGGCCGGUCCGGUGCUGCCCACUCUGCGCCUCAGCGGCCCGGGCGGCAGCCAGGUCUUAGCAGCGCUGAGGGAGGCCUCCGCGGCAGGAUUCCCUGGCCUAAGCGCUGAGUUGCGCUGGGGUCCACUGCCACUGCUGCCAGAGGAGCGCCUGCCACUGGAGGUUUUCCUGAGCCCAGCCGACGGCGCGGGCCUGGCGCUCUUGGCGCGCCUGGCCAAGGCGCUGCGCCCGCUGGCGCCGCGGCUGGCGCUUUCUUUGCGCUGGCCGCUGCGGAGGCGAACCUUGCCACGUCGUCACGAAGUGUGCACUCCACUGGCAGAUGGUGAGGAGGGCUACAUCUGCAUGGCUCAGGGCAAUGCCUCUGGCCUUCUAGCGGCUGCGCAUUUGGACUGCGAGGCGCCGCCUGAAUUGCGCUGGGAGUACGUGGAGCGCGUCUUGGCGCGAUGCAUCAACAGCGCAGAAGUUGAGGCUUGCUGCCGGCUUCAGAGGCAGACGCUGGGCCUAGGCUGCACGCCAGCCCUGGACGCCUUCCUUCGAAAGGGGGUGGCAACCCCACAGCCCUGGCCGGGAGGGGACCUGCUGCUGCAUGGGUUCAGCCUCCGCAUCGGCGGCUGGGCCUACGGUGGGGUGCUGGAGGCGCAGCAGGUCUUUGAUGCAGUUUGCUCGGUGCUGAGGAACUCCAGCUCCGAGCCGCCAAUGUGUGGUGGCCUGUGGCUCUGGCAGAGUCCUGGAUGGUAUGCUCAAAGUGUGCCCCUUUGGCCCCACGGCUGCCUGUCGAUGUUGCUGAGCUUCUUCCUGCCGGUGCUGAUGCCACCGCUGCAGGUUUUCACAAAGUGCUUGCGGUGUCCUUUCAGGGCGAGGGCGCAACGAGGGAGUGCCUCCUGA